AUGCAACAAUCAGUACUUCAUAACUUAUCUCAUUGUGAAAGAGAAAAGAUAUUCAUACAGAAUUACUUAUCUACUCAAUCAACAAACCCUAUAUUUUAUGCAUUUAAUAGUCAAGCUGCAAAAAAUGCAGUACAUUUUGCAACAAAUCUUAAUGAAGAUAAUAAUACAUCAUUAUCAAAGAUACUACUUAUUGAUAGUUAUGUUAAUAUAUCAACCGGUGUGAUUUCAUCCAAUUUACUUAAUCAAAUUUGUGGUCCAUAUCCAACAUUUUCCGAACUAUACAAUGAUACAUUUGACUAUGUUGUACAUACUUAUCUAUUACCUAUACUAAUGAUUUUUGUUUUAAUCACUAAUUUUUUUGUAUGUCUAGUCUUUAGUAAACCACAAAUGAGAUCUCCUGUUUUUUUCUUAUUAUUUCUUAUUGGUAUUGUGGAAUUGACAAAUUGUUGUUUACCUUUACCAAUGUAUAUUGCUCAAAGUGUUUACAAACGAACUGCAUGGUGGACUAAUCUACCAAUUAAAAAUUUUACAAUUGCUAAGAAUUUACUUAAUAACACAUAUUGGGAAUUAGCUCCAAAUGAUUAUUAUCAAACUAGUGAUAAUAUGAUUGCUAGUGAAGCAUCCGCAUGGUCAACAGUAUUUCUUCCAACUAUAACUCAUACAAUAUCAGUAUGGUUAACAGUUACUUUAGCUUUACAACGUGUAAUACAUUUAACAGCAUUUAAUUUGACAUCAAAAAUAUGCAAUUUAUCUUCUACCGGAAAAAUAUUUAUCAUAAUAUCAUGUCUGGCUAUUAUUUUACACUGGCCUUUAUUAUCUUCAAGAUUUAUAUUAUUUCAUCCAAUUCAACUGAAAUCAUCUAUAACUGAAGAUAGUUUACAUAUAAAUCAAAGAGCUAAUUCAGUUCAAUGUCUAUGGAACAUUGUAUGUAAUUUACCUAAUAUUGUAAUGAAAUGUCAUUUAAUUCAACCAGUAUAUAUGAUAUUCUAUUUCUAUGCCAGAAUUAUAUUAAUCCAUAUUUUACCAUGUGGAAUACUUAUUGUAUUGACUAUAAUACUUGUUAUAAAAAUGCAUAGUAUCAUCAAACUACGUAAACGUCUUGGUUUAAAACAAACUAAUGAUACUUCUAGUUUAAAUCAUUGUAAAUGUAAACUAUUCUGUUGCAUUGGUAAAAGAUUUAAUUCGAAGGAUCCUAUCACCGAUAUCCAUAAUUUUAAUAAUACCAUAUAUACAUUGACUGCUAAAAAAUCCUCUAUCAAUCCUCAAGCAAUAUCUCGUAUGCUUAUUGUAGUUUUAAUAAAAUUUAUAGCAAUGCAUUUACCAAAUGCUAUUGUUUUAACUAUAUAUGUAUUAAGAAAAAUGUGGAAAGUUGACAAUUCAACACAAACUAACAAUGAAGAUACCUUGAUUGAGACGACAACAACAAAAGAAAUAAUUCAAGAAUUGAAUUAUAAUGAUAAACAAAUUCCUUUUACAUUGCCAUAUAAUAAUGAUACAAUGAAUACAACAAUUAAUCUUUCAGAAACGAAUCAUACACUUAUUGAUGAUUAUUUAGGUAAAGCUGUUAUAUUAUGUAAUCUUGUUAUCUUGGUAUCAUAUCAAUUAAAUUUUAUCAUCUAUUAUGUAAUGUCUACACAAUUUAAAGAGACAUUUAACAAUUUAUGUUUUAUUAAAUAUUUCAUUUUGAAUAGGGAUUAA